AUUGAAUUGUUUUGUUAAGCAUUUUCAUAAAAAGGGCAAAUCAUGGAUACCCGAACCAUUCCCUUCGUGGAUAUGCUAGCCGUGUCGAAGAGUUUGCGUGUUCAGCGGAAGCCAAUCUUGAAAUUUGUACCACCGACGGGGGUGUCGUUUGUCAACUAUAGAAGUCUGGGCGAGGUUGAUUACUUCUACUUGGAUUGCCAGAACUACAGGGAUUAUUAUCGUGAUCCUUUUGAGAAGAUGCGUCGUCCUGCGAAGUUUUGCCAAUACCAGGGCAGGUGUGGCGCUCGGCCGGAUCGCACUGUUGAGGCACUCAGUGUGCCCGGAUCUUGGGUGAAGGAACGCCCUCCGGUUGUGUAUUCGGAGAAAUAUAAUCAACGUAUGAACCUGAGUGGCAAGAUUAACAUCGAUGCCCACUUCUCACCCAACUCGGUUACAGUGUUCAAGCGCUGAAUGCGACAUUAUUAUUUUCUUGUACACUCCUUUUGGUAACUUUCAGUAAAUUGGGCAUAAAAGUCUA